AUGAAAAUAUUUGCUUUGUUAUCAUUGCUCCUAGGAGCAGUCGCCUCGUACAAAUAUGUUAUUUUUGUACCAAAUAUGGCUAAUAGUCAGGCACAAUUCUGUGCUCGUGAAGCAGAAGUUCUUGUCAAUGGAGGUCACAAUGUCACUAUGCUCUUCGUCAAUCAUUUAUCUGAUUUUAAGACUGAUGUGAAGAUUCCAAAAGGAGUCAAAAGUUACCAUCUCGAUGCUUUCAUAGAGGGAAUCACAAAUCAAAUAAUUGAAAAAGAGCAAUCUGCUAUGAUAUUCAAAGAUGCUGGACUUAAAAGUUCUAUCAAAAGAUCUGCACUAAACAAUGUGUAUUUUAGAAUGUCUUCCGAUGCGGAAACGCAGAUUUUCCGUGAGGAAUUGAACGAUCCAUCUUUCCCACAUACAAUGGAUAUUGGAGCAAAAUGCCCAUUGGAGUUCAAAACAAUCUCAGAAACUGGAAAAGGAAUAAUUGCGUUCUCGUUUGGAUCGGUGGAAAAACGUUUGGAUCAUGAAAUGCCUUUAGAAUGGAAAAAUGCAAUUCUCGAUGCAUUCUCAUCUCUUCCAGAUUAUCAAUUUGUUAUGAGAUAUUUGGGAACUGAUCUGAAUGAUAGAUUACCGAAAAAUGAAGCAAUCUCAGCUGGAGUACCACUUGUCACAAUUGCUCUAUUCGGUGAUCAACCGAAAAAUGCUCAAAUUGCAAAGAAACAUGGAUUCGCUGUUAAUAUUCAAAAAGGAACAAUUUCAAAAGAAACGAUUGUUGAGGCGUUGAAAGAGGUCAUUGAAAAUGAUAGCUUUGUUUCGAAUCUCCUUUUCAUUUUAUUCCAAUUUUUCCCCAUUUUCAGUUACAAACAAAAAGUGAGUCGUCUCUCUGCAAUGGUCCGUGCCCAACCAAUGAAACCUGCCGAACGUCUUCUGAAAUGGUCACAAUUCGUUGCCGAGUUCAAAACUCUGGAUAAUUUGGAACCUUCUGGACAGAGACUCAAUUUCUUCCAAUAUCAUUCUCUUGAUGUUAUUGGUUUCCUUUUCACUGUCAUUUUCCUUGUUUUCUACAUUUUCUACCGUAUCCUCCGUGCUCUAGUCAGAUGCUGUUGUUGUAGGAAGUCCCAUGAAAAGAAGAAAACCGAAUAG